CUUUGGACAAGGCAGAGAUUUAUUUUAUUGUACUGUUGGGUUGUUUUCAAUACAGGCUGUAAAAAAAUAAAUAUCAGUCAAGUCAUAUUACCUUUGUUUCAGGACUGUACACUAUAACCUUGUCGGUCUAUUAGACACAAUUCCAUUCGUGUUGUCUUUUUCUCCUGAAGAUAUUGAUCCGUCGCUCAAGGAACGUGUAAACAAUACCGUUGGGCCAUGGCUCGGGGGAAAACAGUGUGCUGUGGCCUGAGCACCCUCGAAGUCACCCUCAUGGUCCUGUUUGUGGUCAUGACCGCAGUGUCUGUGGGGCUCAUCUCAGUCAUGGCCGUCCACUGGGAAGACCGAUUGCAGGAACCAGAGCCUACAGUAAAUCCUACUGCAGGACUACAUGAGAACCCAUACCUCAUAGGGGUGGGCAGAGCAGACUGCACAGGACCCCCUGGGGAUGUCCCCCUGAUGGGCUAUGCGAACUUGGAGCAGACUGCUGCAGGUAUCCACACCCGCCUCUUCAGCAGGGCCUUUAUUGUGGAUAAUGGGAGCAAGAGGGUGGUGUUUGUGACAGCUGACAUCGGCAUGGUCUCUCAGAGGCUACGGCUGGAGGUGCUGAAGGAACUUGAGGUGAAAUAUGGUAUCCUGUACAGACAGGACAACGUGAUUCUGAGCGGCACCCACACACACUCUGGUCUGGGUGGGUACUUCCAAUACACCCUCUUCAUGAUCACUAGUAAAGGUUACAUCAAACCCUCCAUCAAAGCCAUCGUCAAUGGAAUUGUCAAGAGCAUUGAUAUAGCACACAGGAAUAUAAAACCUGGGAGAAUCUACAUGAGCAAAGGAGAGCUUGAGGAGAGCAACCUAAACAGAAGUCCUCACUCCUACCUCAACAACCCUGCAGAGGAGAGGAACAAGUAUAAAUCCAACACAGACAAGCAGGUCACACUUCUGAAGUUCACAGACCUGGAUGGAGAUGGUAUGGGCAUGCUCAGCUGGUUCGCUGUCCAUGCCGUCAGUAUGAACUACACCAAUCAGAUGGUCAGCAGUGAUAACAUGGGCUAUGCCUCUUACCUACUGGAGCAGGAGAAAAACAUUGGCUUCUUGCCUGGAGAGGGGCCGUUUGUGGCAGCCUUUGCCUCUUCUAACCUGGGAGACGCCAGCCCAAACAUCAGAGGGCCAUUCUGUGCCAACACUGGACUCCCCUGUGAUUACCUCAACAGCUCCUGUCCCAUCGGAGGGCUAAAAAUGUGUGUUGCGCUGGGUCCGGCAGGAUCUGACAUGUUCAACAACACCAAGAUCAUAGGAGAGAACAUUUUCAAAAGGGCAAAGGAUCUGUAUGGUAAGGCCAGACAGGAGGUUCGUGGGCCCCUCCAUGCAGCCCAUCAGUGGGUGAAUAUGACUGACGUGACCGUCCAGCUAAACUCUACACACACAAGCAGAACCUGUAAACCAGCCCUGGGCCACAGCUUCGCCGCAGGGACUACAGACGGAGGAGGCGACCUCAAUUUCACACAAGGGGCUGUUGAGGGUGACCCAUUUUGGGACGGAAUUAGAGAUGCACUGCUUGGAGCUCCCUCCAAUGAGACGCAGGACUGCCACCAACCCAAACCUAUUCUCUUUAGCACUGGAGAGAUGACCUGGCCCCUCCCCUGGCACCCAAGCAUUGUGGACGUUCAGAUCAUCACCAUAGGACCUGUGGCCAUUGUAGCUAUCCCUGGAGAAAUGACCACGAUGUCAGGAAGGAGGAUAAGAGAGGCAGUCAAGCAGGAAUUGGAGGCCCAGGGAACAUUCAGUAACGCUGAGGUGGUCGUCGCUGGCCUGUGCAACAUCUACACUCAUUACAUCACCACCUAUGAGGAGUACCAGAUCCAGCGUUAUGAAGGAGCUUCCACCAUCUACGGGCCUCAUACACUUUCUGCAUACAUUCAGAAGUUUAGGGGCCUGGCCAAGGCCAUUGCAGAGGUGAGGACCACAUACUGUACAGUACACGUACCGGCUCCUGUUACAGUGAAUGUCCUAUUCCAGCCUACUGUAUUUCAACUUCUCCUAUGCUCACAGGGUAAAGAGCAGGAGCUGCCCAAGGGUCCCGAGCCCCCUUUCUUCAAGGACAGUCAGCUGUUCAGCUUGCUUCCUGCUGCGGCUGUAGACAAAAAGCCAAUCAACACCACGUUUGGAGAGGUUUUAGAGCGAGUGGACCCAGAGUACACGGUUGGGGAUGUUGCUUCUGUCACAUUUGUUGCAGGGAAUCCAAGACACUCAGGAGACAUUAGGGAUAAGACUUUUGUUACCGUGGAAAAGUAUCAUAACAGCACAGCACACUGGGACGUCGUUCACACAGAUGCCUCUUGGGAGACAAGGUUUCACUGGGUGAAGAAUGGAGCGGAGAGCAAUGCUACCAUUGAGUGGCACAUCCCUCUGUCAGCCCAGGCUGGCUCCUACAGGAUCCGACACUUUGGACACUACAAACAGCGGAAGGGAUUCCUAGAGACUGUGAUCAUAGCGUAUGAGGGUGUGUCGGAUGUCUUCAGAGUCUCCAAAAUAAAGUAGAAUUACUAACCACUGAUCAUUUGAAUACGACUAGACCAGCAGUGGAAAUAAGGCAGACGAUAGUGUACACUUCUAGUGGCCCUGAUAUGAUAAAGAUUGUAUGUUCUCUAUUUCAAUGUAACACAAUGCAUGUACAGUACUAAAGCUUUAAUUAAACGAGACCUAUGCUAAAGCAUUACACGAGUCCCAUGCUAAAGCAUUACCCGAGUCCCAUGCUAAAGCAUUAAACGAGUCCUACGCUUCAAAACAAAACUGGCCUUUGGGUUGACGUGCAAAUAGCCCAUGUGCCAAACGGGGUCUACACUCUACAAGGUGUGAGGGGAAAAUACGUGUGGUUUUGAAUGAGAGCUGCUUCAGUGCUCGUCUAUAUUUCAUCUCCCAUGGAAGUUUAACAUCAUUUGUCUAUGAUCCGUUUAUUCACGUUUUUAGUAUGUCAUUAUGUGCAGUGCUGAU